AUGGCCUCGAGACCGACUGUCACCAUCAUCGGCAAGGAUGGUUCUCCCUCGGGAGCUACCCAUACCAUUCCUACCGUAUUCGCCUCCCCCAUCCGACCUGACAUCGUCCAACAAGUCCACACUGGAAUGGCCAAGAACAAGCGACAACCCUAUGCCGUGAGCGAGAAGGCUGGUCACCAGACUUCUGCCGAAUCUUGGGGAACUGGUCGUGCUGUUGCCCGUAUCCCCCGUGUCUCUGGUGGUGGUACCCACCGUGCCGGUCAGGCUGCCUUCGGUAACAUGUGCCGUUCCGGUCGCAUGUUCGCCCCUACCAAGAUCUGGCGCAAGUGGCACAUUAAGAUCAACCAGGGCCAGAAGCGAUUCGCUACUGCUUCUGCUCUUGCCGCUUCCGCUGUUCCUCCCCUACUACUCGCCCGUGGUCACCAGAUCUCCUCCGUCCCUGAGGUUCCCCUCGUUGUCGACUCGGCCGUUUUCGAAGGUGGUGCCGCUGCUAAGACUGCCAGCGCUCUCGCUAUUCUGAAGUCCGUCGGCGCCGCUGCCGAUAUCGAGAAGGCUAAGAACUCCAAGAAGCUCCGCGCCGGUAAGGGUAAGCUAAGAGGCCGCCGCCACCGCCAACGACGUGGACCUCUAGUCAUCUACAACCCUGAGGUUGACGGCAAGGACCUUGUUACCGGAACUCGCAACCUUCCCGGUGUCGAGACCUGCUCCGUCUACGCUCUCAACCUCCUUCAGCUCGCCCCUGGUGGUCACCUUGGUCGUUUCAUCGUCUGGACCUCGGCAGCUUUCAAGGCCCUUGACAGCAUCUACGGCACCACCACGAAGCCUUCUGAGUUGAAGAAGGACUUCCUCCUACCUUCCAACUUGGUUUCCCAGGCCGACCUCAGCCGUCUAAUCAACAGCUCCGAAAUCCAGAGCGUCCUCAACGCUCCUGAGGGUGGUCCUCUAACCAAGCGUGCUGCUGUUCAAAAGAACCCUCUCCGCAACAAGCAAGUCAUGCUACGCUUCAACCCGUACCACUCCACAUUCGUCAAGAACAAGCUUGGCCAACAGAGUGCGUCGGAAGGCAAGCCGCCUAAGCCUCCUAAGGCUUUCCUAGAGAUCUUGCGCGAGGAUUAG